CAUUUUAUAAUGAUGAAGAUAUGAUAUUAAAUAGAAUAGGAAAAACUUUAGUACCCUGGCAAUUACAUAAAAUCGUUAAAAACAGACCUCCCGAAGGAAGAUCAUAUACAUAUUGUGGUGCAUUAGGUCAUAAUAGAAGAAAAUAUCCUUUUAAAAAUAAUCAAGGUAGAAACUUACGAAAUGUAGCUGAAAUCAGAGCUGCAGCAAAAAAAUAUUUUGAAGCACCUUAUUAUCCCAUACGAAUGUGUGGUUGGUGCGGCGCUAUCGGUCAUAAUAGUAAAAGUUGUUCUCUUUGUAAAGCUCGAGGAAAUAGGAUAGAUAACGAUCAUAAAAGAGCAUUAAUAGAAGUAAUUGUAUUACCAAAUGUUUGGUUUGAUAUUGAAUACAAACCUUAUUACCAACCAUAUCAUAGACCCAAACAAAUUCCAUAUAGGCUAUACAGGCCAAGAAGACAACGUAUACCAAACUACAUAGCCGCUUGCGGAUGUUGUGGUGGUGAAAAUCAUGCUAGAAAUGAUCCGAAUGCCCCUUGUCAAAAUCAAAACUGUAUCAAUUCUAGAUUGUGGUAA